AUGGCCAAGGCGGCAGCCUCUUCGCCGCUAGAGGACCUGGAUCUGAGCGGAGAGGAGGUGCAGCGGCUCACCUCCGCCUUCCAGGACCCGGAGUUCCGGCGUCUCUUUUCCGAGUACGCCGAGGAGCUCACGGACCCCGAGAACCGGCGGCGCUACGAGGCGGAGAUCACGGCGCUGGAGCGUGAGCGCGGAGUGGAGGUGCGGUUCGUGCACCCGGAGCCCGGCCACGUGCUGCGCACCAGCCUGGACGGGGCGCAGCGCUGCUUCGUGAACGUGUGCGGCAACGCGCUGGUGGGCCCGCCCGCCGGCCGGCCCGGCCCCGGGGGCGCCGGCAGCCAGUGGUCCCUGCCGCACAGCCUGGCGCCCGGCCGCGAGUACGCCGGGGCCCGCGGCUCCCGCUACACCGUCUACGACGUGGUCUUCCACCCCGACGCGCUGGCGCGGGCCCGGCGCCACGAGCGCUUCCGCCAGAUGCUGGACGCCACGGCGCUGGAGGCCGUGGAGAGGCAGUUCGGCGUGAAGCUGGACCACAGGAACGCCAAAACCCUCAAGAUCAAGUACAAGGGGACUCCGGAGGCCGCGGUGCUGCGCACGCCCCUCCCCGGGGGCGCCCCGGCCCGGCCCGAGGGGGCGCUGGAGAGCUCUUUCCCAGACUUUCCCUACCCCUACGGCAGCCCGGCCGCCCCGACCCCCGCGCGGCCCCCGCCCUCCGCGCCGGAGGCGGCCCCGCAGCCCGCCCCCACGGAGCCCCGCCACAGGGUGGUGCAGCGCCACCGCGUGGACCUGCAGGACUACCGCUGCUCCCGGGACUCGGCGCCCAGCCCGGUGCCCCAGGAGCUGGUGGUCACCAUCGAGCUGCCGCUCCUGCGCUCGGCCGAGCAGGCGGCGCUGGAGGUGACGGGAAAGCUGCUGUGUCUGGACUCGAGGAAGCCCGACUACCGGCUGCGGCUCUCGCUCCCGUACCCGGUGGACGACAGCCGCGGCAGGGCGCAGUUCAACAGGGCGCGGCGGCAGCUGGUGGUCACGCUGCCCGUGGCGCGGCCCGUGGCGCCGGGGCCCGCCGCCGCCGGCACUUCCGCCCGCAGCGGAGACGCGGGCCCGCCGGGGGGCCGUUCUGGGGGAGAGGACGCCGGGACCGGCACCCCGGAGGCCGCCGGGGAGGAACUUGUCUCCGAGCCGGAAGGGGACUGCGGUGGGCGAGCGGUGGCUCCUUCCGGUGCCGAGAAGCCGCUUCCCGGAAGUGGGAGCGCGGCCGGGGCCCUCGCCAGGGGCUCUUCCGCCGGAAGGCGUGUGAGCGGACAUCUGAGCGGAGGGAGCCGCGGGGCCGGGGAGGACGCCGGCGGGGCGCCCUCUGCUCCAGCCAUGGGCGGCCCCGGGACGGCCCGCGGGCGGCCUCGCUGUCCGCCGCUGCAGUGUCGUCAGGAUGAAGAAUCCCUGACGCUGCUCAUUCAAGUGCCUCGGAUCCAGCCGCAAAGCCUUCAAGGGGAUGUGAGCUCCCUCCGGUACCAAUUGUGCUUCUCCACCCAAGACUUAGUUUAUUAUUCCUUCUUUUUGCAGUUUGCUCCUGAAAAUAAAUUGAGUAUCAAAGAACCAGUGGUUAGCAUCUCUUCAAACAAUGCGGUAAUAGAACUGGCCAAAUCUUCAGAAUGCUGUGGACAUUGGAGAGAGUGGUAUUAUGGUUUAAACGACGAUUCUUUGGAGGAAAGGUUAUUUGUCAAUGAAGAAAAUGUCAAUGAAUUUCUUGAAGAGGUUCUGAGCACUCCAUUUCAACAGACAAUACCCCUAACGUCACCGUUAAUUGAAGUUCUUCAGGUUACUGAUAGUAAGAUUCAAAUCCACACAGAGUUGCAAGAAUGUAGUAACUCUGAACAGUUUCAUGAAAAGGAAGAAAAAGUCAACGAAGGAAGUCAUCCAACUAAAAAAAACAUAGAACAUCCUACCACUUCAACAACUGCUUCUGAUUCAUCUGUAGUACGAGAAAUAGACAGUUGUGGUUCAGUUGAAUACUUGCAACAAGAGUCUCUUGAUGUGUCCCAAAUGUUAUUUGGAAAGUCUCAGCAACCCAAGUUAAAAAUAGAACCUGAAUUUGUAAAAGAAAAAGGUGCUGUUUACUCAAGUGAGGAGAAAGAUAAUUUAAAAGAAUCGGUAAUGACUAAAGAGGAAGAAUUAACAGUUCAGAAUAUACCUGGUUUUGACAACAUACAAGAAACCAAUAUGGAGGAUGGUAGUGUGCAGAUUAUUAAAGAUCAUGUGACUCAUUGUGCAUUCAGUUUUCAGAAUUCUUUGCUAUAUGACUUGGAUUAA